CUGGAGAUAUUAUUGCUGUCAUGAUAACGGAAUUGAGGGGUAAGGAUAUUUUGAGUUAUCUGGAGAAAAACAUCUCUGUACAAAUGACAAUAGCUGUUGGAACUCGAAUGCCUCCAAAGAACUUCAGCCGUGGUUCUCUAGUCUUCGUGUCAAUAUCCUUUAUUGUUUUGAUGAUUAUUUCUUCAGCGUGGCUCAUAUUCUACUUCAUUCAGAAGAUCAGGUACACAAAUGCACGUGACAGGAACCAGGGAAAAAAAAGAAAAGAUGACAUGUCUAAAAUUAAUGCUGUACACCUUAAGAAACUGGAAGAAGAGCAAAUUGAACCCAAACGUCGUCUUGGAGAUGCAGCCAAGAAAGCCAUCAGUAAAUUAACAACCAGAACAGUGAAAAAAGGCGAUAAGGAAACAGACCCAGACUUUGAUCAUUGUGCAGUCUGCAUAGAGAGCUAUAAGCAGAAUGAUGUUGUCCGGAUUCUCCCUUGCAAGCACGUUUUCCACAAAUCCUGCGUGGACCCUUGGCUUAGUGAACAUUGUACCUGUCCUAUGUGCAAACUUAAUAUUUUGAAGGCCCUGGGAAUUGUGCCAAAUUUGCCAUGUACUGAAAACGUAGCAUUUGAUAUGGAAAGACUCACCAGAACCCAGGCAGUUAACCGAAGAUCAGCCCUAGGUGACCUCACCAGUGACAACUCCCUCGGCCUUGAGCCUCUUCGAACUUCGGGCAUAUCACCUCUUCCCCAGGAUGGGGAACUCACUCCUAGAACGGGAGAGAUCAACAUUGCAGUAACAAGUGGUCACUUCUUUCAUCGAAACUCUUUAUCCCCUCGAAGCCUGGUGUAUGAAAGUGAAUUCUCCACAAUCGAACCUUCUUUGGACAUGUAUGAUGAGAACAAAACCUGAUUUUUAAGAAUGGGCUGUCGGGGUCACCUCUUUUGUGAUUUGAUUUAUGAUCACCUUUCUUAUUUUGUAUUCUUCUGUCAGCAUCCAUUUUGGAAGAAUGGUGGUGCUUUCAGGCACAGGUUGGGGUUCAGAGUUAAAUUGCAAAGUUCCUCCGAGGUGAGGCUUUGAGGACAGCAUUACUGCCUAUGUGAGCCUCAUGGUACCAAAAACCCGCCCAAAGCUGGCCACUGGAUGUGGGUGCCCAAAAAGCCCAGCCGUUUCCAGACAAGAGGUGGGGACCUGGGGUUAACGUAGCGUUACAAAUGUGUCUCUGAACAAUCACGUGCUAGUCUGUGUCAGGAUGGAGUUGGGGUUUUUUAAAAUACUUUUUGUGAUCCCCAUGUACAAUGUGUACUCAAGCCUGCAGGUGAAGCUUCUUCCCAAUGGCAAGCGCAAGACGCUGCUCCUUCACCUGCCCUGUGUUUUCCUCUGCCUCUUACUCCUUGUCCAGUUAAAAGGCCUCUUUCUUAAGGGGGCUGAGAGAAAGCCUUGCCUUUUGUAACUCCUCUGAGACUCUGACCACCCUAUUUCGUACCAGAGCACAGGGCUGGGGCCUGUGCAUGGGACAGGUGGUCAUCUGCAUUGUCAUUUUCCAGCCUCCGUGUUGAGCAUGACAUGAGGUGACAAAUGUUUCUGUAACCACCAAAACCCUGAAGACCCCCCUGACCCCACAGCAUGUGGACUUGUCUACCUGGCAAUCACUGAGGUGUGUGUAUGAGGAGGUGGCACCAGGAGCCCAGCCCAGCAGUCCCUCUGGGCACACUCUUCUUAGGGGGCACGGCCAGCAGUUGUCAAAAUCAGAAUAAUUUUCAAUGUUUUAUUUAGAAGACCAAACCACCUUUCUGCUGCUACAUAUCAGAUAAGCACCCCUCUUCAGUCUUCAUUGGUCCAACCCAGUCCCCUCCCACCGGCCUCAGCAUCAACCUAAAGAAAGCACAGGAGCACUGCCAGCCAGGCUUACAGCAAAGGACGUAGCCAGCGUGGUGGCAUAGGGGGCACAUGUGCUCUUUCCACACAUCUGGGAUGACAUCAAGUUAACAUGAUGAGAAACUUGGAUAUUACAAGUAACCCCAGCACAGAACCAUGAUAAGCAAAUUUAUAAAACAAAUCUACACAUCCUUUUUGCAAAAGGACGUGCCAUAGUUCAGUCUGCUUCUCCUUAUUAAUAUGAGCUAUGUAGAGGUGUAAAGGCAUUCAGAUCCUUGUUGUGAGAAGGAAAUUUUAGUCUCCAUAUGCCUGGCGUUAGAUUUGACAGCAAAUCAAGCAGACACCUGAAUCUCCCUGCCCUGUUAUUUUUAUUGACUGUAGAAGGUAAGUUUGAAAUGAACACUUGCCGUUUU